AUGGCCAUGGUGCUGGAUGCUUUAACUGCAACCACGGUCAGUAAGCUGGCUGAGGUUGUUGAGGAGGAGGUGGUAACUGUCCUGGGCGUGAAAGACGAGAUCAAGAGGCUACAGCGGAGGAUGGAGAGGAUCAAGCAUGUGCUUCAUGAUGCCGAGAGAAAGCGCAUCCAAUCGGAAUCAGUUGCACGCUGGGUGAGGGAGCUCAAAGAUGUUAUGUACGAUGCCGAUGACAUAAUCGACCGAUGCAGGCACGAGGGUGGAGAAUUGCUUGAUGUCCAACCGUCUACAUCAUCGGCAUGCUUUAGCGGCCCUCGCUUAUUCUCUUGCUUUAUUAGCAUCCGUUUCCGCCAUGAGAUUGGUGAUACGAUUAAGAAACUAAAUGAGAGAUUGCAUGAGAUAUCUGAAGAUAUUUCAGACUUUAACUUAAUGAAAAGUGAGCCAGAUACCCAAGUCACAACAGUGGACACUCGUCAGACCUCACCUAUCAUAGAUACGUCUGAUAUCGUAGGGAGGGGCAUUGAACGUGCUACAGACGAUCUGGUAGAGAGGAUAGUUAAGAAAGAUGAAAGAAAACCCCAAGUAUUUGCUAUUACCGGAAUGGGCGGAAUAGGAAAGACUACUCUGGCUAAAAAUAUCUUCAAUCACCCAAGAGUAAAGUCUGAGUUCUCAACAAAGAUAUGGAUAUGGGUCUGCAUAUCACAAAAUUUCUCAGAGACCUCUUUGCUCAAGGAGAUAAUAAGAGGAGCAGGAGGAGAUCCCUGUAAUUUGCAAACUAAAGCAGAACUCGAACCUUUACUGAAGGACGCAGGUUCAGGAAAGACUUUCAUUUUGGUGCUAGAUGAUGUGUGGCGAGCAGAUGUCUGGGGUGGCUUACUACGUAGUCCACUACAGAGCGGAGCUGUUGGCAGCCGAGUCCUAGUCACAACUAGAGAUGCGAAUGUUGCUAAGCAGAUGGGGGCGGUGCACAUCCAUCCCGUGGAACAAUUUCCGCCAAAAUCUGGCUGGGAACUGCUCUGCAAGAGUUUAUAUGUCACCGGAGAGGAGGAGGAAAUGCAGAGUCUAAGAGGUGUAGGGGCUCAAAUUGUUGGAAAAUGCGAUGGUCUCCCUCUGGCAAUUAAGAGCAUUGCCGGUGUUUUAAUAAAAAAAGGGAGAUAUCGGAGGGAAUGGGAAAAGGUUUUGGAAAAGGAUGCUUGGACCAUGGACGAGCUACCUGAAGAUUUGAGGGGGGCCUUGUACUUGAGUUAUGAAGAUCUACCCUCUAACCUGAAGCAAUGUUUUCUUUAUUGCUCUUUAUUCCCUGAGGAUUAUAAAUUUGAUCGUGCUGAGCUCGUGCAGUACUGGGCAGCUGAAGGAUUUGCAGAAACGCAAAAGGAUUCUUUCUUAGAACCAGCGGAAGAGUGUUUUGAAGAGCUAGUUAGAAGGCAUCUUAUUUAUAAAGAAGCAGAGGGUUAUUAUAAGAUGCACGAUCUCUUGCGAUCACUUGCUCAGUUUCUGUCACAGGAUGAAAGUUUUUGUGGAGAAGCACAGGAAUUAACUACAGUGCCCGCCACGACGAAAAUUCGACGUUUGACACUUACGGAGAAAGGAGGACCAGCACUCAUCCCUCAACCUUCACGUUCACAGAGGAGCUUGAGAACCUUAUUUCUAAGAGCCCCGUACGGUCUUGGGAGCGACGUGUUCGCUGGAUUUCCACUUCUUCGGGUCCUGUCACUGGCGAAAUCAGGGAUUGAUUGUAUUCCAGAUGCUGUGGGAAAUCUAAUACACCUGAGGCUGUUGGAUCUUAGCUGCACAGGAAUAUCCAGCUUGCCGGAGUCAAUAAGGAACCUUACAAAUCUCCAGGUUCUGGAUCUCUCUGGCUGUAUUUCACUUGACAGUCUUUCAGAUGCUUUGGGAAAUCUAAUACACCUGAGGCUGCUGGAUCUUAGCUCCACAAGAAUGUCCAGCUUGCCGGAGUCAAUAGGGAACCUUACAAAUCUCCAGGUUCUGGAUCUCGCUUACUGUCAUUCACUCCACAGUCUUCCCAGAGACAUCACUCGACUGUGCGAUUUAAGAGUUAUUGAAGUCCGGGGUACUGGCAAACUGUCCUUUGUACCAUCUGGAAUGGGAAGACUAGAGCGGUUAAAUCACUUCAACGGCUUUGUUGUGGGAGGGGAGCAAGGAUGCAUUCUGGAAGAUCUGAGCCCUUUAGAGCGGCUGAGGGUGCUGGGCAUACGCAACCUAAAGGAGGCGGUGGUAGUGCAGGAGGGACGACGUGUGCUUCGGAAUAAAUGUCACCUCAAGAAAUUAAGAUUGGCAUGCACUUAUAAACUGUGGGCUAGUCCACCAGCUGCUGAGUACAGCGAAGGAGAGAUCCGCAGAAUUCAGGAUGUGUUAGAGGAGCUGGCCCCACCGCCAUGCCUGGAAAAAUUAGUAAUCCGUGGAUACUUUGGUCGUCGGUUUCCAGUUUGGAUGAUGUCGCCAUCGCUGGGAUCUCUUCUUCCCCGUCUCACAAGUUUGUCUCUUCUUAAAUGCAGAAACGUCGUGCAGCUUCCUCCUCUCGGUCUAUUGCCUGAAUUGAGACGUCUUACUAUUGUGGAUGCCUUUGAAGCAGCUGUAUCCUUUGGCUCGGAGGCUUAUGGGAGCGGCUCUACACCGGUGCUCUUUCCAAAGCUUGAGUCUUUCCGGCUCAGUAGAAUGCCAAAUUUGCGAGAGGGGUCAAUUUGCAGAGAUGAGGAUAUCACUGUGUUCCCAAAUCUGGUGGAGCUGACUGUUAAGGACUGCCCGACAUUGAAAUCACUCCCUGGGGGCCUGAAGGGGUCUCCCUUGAAGGAGUUACGCAUAUAUCGUGCUGGUCUAAGGGUAAUCGACAGACUUCCACACCUGAGAGGUUCGUUGGUCAUCGCCAGCUGUCAAAGUCUGGAAAGGAUCUCUCAUCUUCCUGCACUAAGAGAGGAGUUGCACAUCGACAACUGUCAAAGUCUGGAAAGGAUCUCUCAUCUUCCUGCACUAAGAGAGUUGAGGAUCGAGGGUAUUUACCCUCAAUUGAAAAACGUGGAGAAACUGGAUUCAUUGGAGAGGCUAUUUAUAGCUCAAUGGGAGAUGGACUUUCUCCCGGAGGGACUGCUGAGGCUGCUGCAAGACCGACAGCUGCAUCAGGAUGAUGAUUUCACACUUUCAUUGCGACAUAUUAACGAUGUUCUUUUCAGUAAGUGCGUGAUGGGAGGCGAAUACUGGCCAAUCAUCCGAAACAUACCCAGCGUCGGUGCCUCUGUUGUUGGGACAGGAGGUCACUAUCUAACAUAUAACAAGGAACCCUAUUACUACGAGGCCGAUUAG